ACGUCAUCACGUAAGAGCAGGGAGAGAAUCCACACGAGGCGCCAGUUGGGUGUUGUUUCGCUUUGCAGCUACUGCGCGCCCUCUCGGUUAAUUGAAAUAAGAGGUUCAACUAGACAGCACACACUGCUAUAAACAGAAGAAAGGACCAUAAUAAAAUGCAGCCUGCAUCUGCAAAGUGGUAUGACAGAAGAGACUAUGUCUUCAUUGAGUUUUGUGUAGAAGAUAGUAAAGAUGUUCAAGUGAAAUUUGAAAAGGCAAAGUUUGAUUUCAGCUGUCUUGGUGGGACAGAUAACAUCAAACACCUGAAUGAAAUUGACCUUUUUGAAGCAAUUGAACAAAAGGAUUCCAAACACAGGCGAACAGAUAGAUCUGUUCUGUGCCGCUUACGGAAAGCAGACCCUGGGAAGUCCUGGCCUCGGCUAACCAAAGACAAGGCCAAGCUAAACUGGCUCAGCGUAGACUUCAACAACUGGAAGGACUGGGAGAACGACUCUGAGGAAGAGCUGUCCAAUUUCGACAACUUAUCAGAGAUGAUGAACACCAUGGGAGGGGAGGAUGAACUGGCCGAUGUGGAUGGUGGAGAUGACGACUCUGCAGAUAGUGAUGAUGAAAAAAUGCCCGAUCUGGAGUGAUGGAGAGCAGGAGGCAGCUGUGAAGAACUAUUGCAUAACCUAACAAAUCAGAAGAGGACAACAGAUAGCAUUUUUUUUUUUUUUGUUGUACAAAAACCCCCUUUGUGUCUUUCCAAGAGCAGUUUCCCCUGAAACAGUCUGAAGAAGGCAGCUCUAUGGGUUGAUAUGCAUCCAUUGUUCUACACCACUGUUCCCAUGGGCUAUUCCCAACUCUGCAACUCCCCGUCUCGCCCUCUCCCAGAUUUCCAUCACCCGGAGCGCAACCGCCACAGUGACUGAUGACAAAAGAAGUUUGAAAUCUCAUGAAGAGUAAUAAAAAGCAUUGUCUAACCCCCUCCAGGGGGUAGGUUCUAUGUUAGAGAUGUUUUGCAUUAUUCUUUGCUCACAAAACAAAAUUACGGUGAAGGAUUCCAAACCGGCCUAAAUUUGAAUACAGGUUUUCACUAAAUGAUCUGACGGUAUUCACACUAAAUGGAAACAGCAUUUUAGCAGUGUCUUACAAUUUAACAGUUGUAAGUACUGUCUAAAAGUUUGUUUGGACAAAUGUUCCAGUGUUCUACUGGACAUGGUUUUCCCCAUUUCUGAUUGUCUCUUCUUAUUCUCAUCACAAAAGUCAUUUCCAUUUUAUGAUCAUGAAGUUCUUUCAUCACCGACUGCAAUUUUGUAAUGGUUAACAUGUAUACUUUCAUUACUGUAAAAGAGAACAGGUAUACACAUAUUAAAACAAUUCUUCCAUGUGCGAGUAGGAGAAGCUCAAAUAUGCCUGUACUAAGUGUUUGACCAACAGACCCAUGUAGUACACACACACACCUGCACACGUGCACUGUUAUACCUGCAUGUGUACACCUUGUAGCCUCCAAAUAUAUACAUAAAAAAAAUUAAAUUGGGUUUACUGAAAAUGUAACUAGUGUUACAGCUUGUAGCCUAGUGGCUAAGGUACCUGACCGGGACCCGGAAGGUUGAUGGUUCAAGCCCCGGUGUAGCCAUGUGGAAAUCUGCGCAGCUGUUAGGCCCUUGAGAAAGGCCCUUAACCCCACAUUGCUCCAGAGGGAUUGCCCUGUGCUUACUCUAAUGAACUGUAAGUGUCUUUGGAUAAAGGCAUCAGCUUAUUAAAUUAUUUUCCUCAGACGAAUGGAAAUUGCUAUUCAACCAUAAGAGCGACAAAAAACUAAAAAAACCUGACUGCAAUCACACUUGCCAGUAAAUCUCCGUCAUCAAGACUAUGAAUAUACUUGGAUGCUACAGUUGUGUGUGUCUACUGUGUGUAGGGUUCAUGAUUAAAUUUGAUGCUUCUGGUUUGUAUGAUAAUUCUAAUGUACAAAAUAGACAGUAAACAAACGGAUGACCAAAUUGUAUUUGCACUGUCAAAAAGUAAUGCAAGUGUAGGUAAAGUAAAAACUAUAUUAUGCACUAUUCUUACUUUGUAUGUAUGUCAACCUACCAGCCUUUAAUGGGCUGGUCUUCAGUUUUGUUGAAAUGCAGUGGGGAGCUUUUUUUAUUGUCUACAUCUUUAUAAUAAACUUAAGACACCUUUG